UUUUUUUUUUUUUUGUUGUUUUCUCUCUAUUUUCAGGCAAAACCCCACGUUCCCACGGGUCGGAAAAACGCCCCACGUGCAGCACCCGGUCUCAGCUAGAGCUGGAGAUGGACGCGGAUAAGGGGAAGCAACGCCAGUACUCGCAGAGGAUGGCGGAGCCUCGCUUCAACAACCCCUACUUCUGGCCGCCCCCUCCCACCAUGCCCAGCCAGCUGGACAACCUGGUCCUGAUCAACAAAAUCAAGGAGCAGUUGAUGGCGGAGAAGAUCCGCCCCCCUCACCUGCCUCCCACCUCGGUGGCCUCACAGCAGCCCCUCCUGGUGCCCCCCUCGCCUGCUGAGAGCAGCCAGUCCAUCAUGUCCCUGCCAAAGCUGCAGCAGGUGCCAGGGCUGCACCCCCAGGCCGUGCCCCAGCCUGACGUGGCCCUGCAUGCCCGGCCGGCCACCAGCACCGUCACAGGGUUGGGGCUGGCAUCCCGUGCACCGGCCGUCAGCACCUCGGAAUCCAGCCCGGGAACAGGGACCACCACCCCCUCGACCCCCACCUCCACCAGUCAGAGCCGCCUCAGCGCCUCCUCGCCCACCCUAAUCUCAGGAAUCACCAGCCCCCCCCUCCUCGACUCCAUCAAGACAAUCCAGGGCCACGGCUUGCUGGGAGCGCCCAAGGCUGAGCGGGGCCGCAAGAAGAUCAAGGCGGAAAACCCCUCGGGACCGCCGGUGCUGGUGGUGCCCUACCCCAUCCUGGCCUCAGGGGAGACGGCCAAAGAGGGGAAGACGUACAGGUGUAAGGUCUGCCCCUUGACGUUCUUCACCAAGUCGGAGAUGCAGAUCCACUCCAAGUCGCACACAGAGGCCAAGCCCCACAAGUGCCCCCACUGCUCCAAGUCCUUCGCCAACGCCUCCUACCUGGCCCAGCACCUGCGCAUCCACCUGGGCGUCAAACCCUACCACUGCUCCUACUGUGAGAAGUCCUUCCGCCAGCUCUCCCACCUCCAGCAGCACACCCGAAUCCACACCGGCGACAGACCCUACAAGUGCCCACACCCCGGCUGUGAGAAGGCCUUCACCCAGCUCUCCAACCUCCAGUCCCACCAGCGCCAGCACAACAAGGACAAGCCCUACAAGUGCCCCAACUGCUACCGGGCGUACACGGACUCGGCCUCGCUGCAGAUCCACCUGUCUGCACACGCCAUCAAGCACGCCAAGGCCUAUUGCUGCAGCAUGUGCGGCCGUGCCUACACCUCGGAGACUUAUCUGAUGAAGCACAUGUCCAAACACACGGUGGUGGAGCACCUGGUCAGCCAGCACUCGCCGCAGCGGACGGAGUCACCCGGCAUUCCCGUACGGAUCUCCCUCAUCUAAGCGGGGAGGGGACAGCACCCGCCCAGCGUGAGGAGGAGGAAGAGGAGAGGGAGGAGGAAGAGGAGGAGGAGGAGGAGGAGGACGAGACCCCCAGCGCCGCGGGCCGCGCCCGGGCCGUGCUCCUGCCCGGCUCCCGCAGGUUUGGUGACAUCCAAAGACGGUUUCAGAGCACUUUGAAUCUCUGCGGUUUGGUUUCUUUGGUGGGGGGGGAGCAGUGGGGUUGGGGGUGUCCCCCCUGCCAGGCCCCACCCCCCAUUUUUUGGAUACAAAUAUAUAUAUAUAUAUAUAUAUUUAUUGGCCAAGAACUUGGUGCUGCUAAAGACCAGAAAUUCACCCCAAAAACGAACCGUGGAUGGAGCAAAAAGCAGCUGGGGGGAGGGGAAAGUCCCCCACCCCCCCCCACAGACUCUGGGCCCAAGCGCCUCCAUUUGGGGUUGAUUUUUAACCAUUUUGGGGGUUUUUUGUGUUCUUUUGGGGUCCCUUUCGAGGGCGAAGCCGCGGGCAGAGCUGCGUCCCCCCGGUGCCGGCCCCCCCAUUCCGCAGCCCCAGUUUUGGGGGGUCCGGGGGUCCCCCUGCUUUGCCUUGUGCCUGCCUGUACAUACCCCCUGUAUAGAGCCGGGGGGCACUCCCCCCAGACUCAUCUAUAUUCUGUACUUUUUGGUUCAUUUUGGAUAUUAACUGUGUUAUUUUUUUAUACACUUUUUAAGCCUUAACUCAGCGUUUCUUUGGGGUUUUUUGUUGUUUGUUUUUUUUUUUUCAGGGUGUUUUAUUUACCUUUUAUUAAUUUUUAACCCCUCUGUUAUUUUUUACCCCCCCUAUUAUUUUUCCCCUUCUUUUUUACCCCCCCAUUAUUUCUCCCCUCAAUGUUGUACGAUAUCAAUAUUGUAACCUUUUUUGUCAGCAUGUUAAUACUGUGUAAAUAUGCCUCUUAUACACUUAGCCCCCCACUUUUUUCUCCCCUUACCCCAAAUUUUGGGGCUUUUUUAUUUUCCUCGCUGCCCAGCCAGGCCAGGCCUCCCUAGAGCUAGUUGGUACCUUAUUAAAAAAGGGAAAAAACAAAAAAAAAAAAAAGAAAAAAGAGGAGAAAAUGGACAAAAAGUUGCCCCUGUCCCUGUUGUUGCCACCCCCCAGUCCUGCAUUGUGGUUCCUGGAGAAGCUGGGUGGGCCACGGCCUCACAGUGUGGAAAAGGAAUGAAACCCCCCCAGCCCAGCCCCUUUCCAAAAAAAGAGAAUAAAAGAGAACAAAAAAAAAGAC